AUGUUAUCUACUAUCGGUGCACUUACGACAAAUUCUCGUUCAUCUAAUUCAUGGGAAAAUAAUGUGUUGCAAGAUGAUGAAGAUGUUGGAGAAGAAGAUGAGGAUCAAGAUCUUACUCGAGAUCAUAAAGAUGGUAUAAUUGACUUCGGUGAAGAACUCAGUGAUUUACCAUUAGGAAUUCCCGAAGAAAAAGUACCAGGAGAACCUUUAACCCCAGAAGAUUUUAAAAAGGCUAGAGGAAUGGAACAUUCUGGACCGGUUAUGGAUGAAAAUACACCUGAUCCUAUUCAAGCAGCAGGUUUGUUUGAGGGUGACAUUGUUAAUGUAAAUUCAUCGUAUGGCCCAGCCAAUGGUCGUAAUGCCAUCAGAGACAUGAGUUUAAGAUGGCCGGGAGGUGUCAUACCUUAUGUAAUUACCGCUGAAUUCGAUGAACGAGAAAGAGCAGUGAUUGCAGCAGCUUUUGACGACUACCAAACAAAAACUUGCAUUCGAUUCGUACCACGAACUACACAAAGUGAUUACAUUUACCUUCUCAAGGGAUCUGGAUGCAGCAGUUUAGUGGGUAGAAACGGACAAAAACAACAAGUUUCAUUGGGGCCAGGGUGUGUUUACAAAGGCGUAAUUAUUCACGAAUUGAUGCACGCUUGUGGUUUUUGGCACGAACAAAGUAGACCAGACAGAGAUAAUUACGUGUCUGUUUUAUGGGACAACAUCAUACCUGGAAUGGAAUUUAAUUUUAACAAAUACGAUUGGAAUACGGUACAAGGGCUUGGUGUCUCUUACGAUACCGGUUCUGUCAUGCAUUAUACUAGAAACUCAUUUUCUAAAGAUGGACGAUCUCCUACAAUCGUUCCCUUAAGCGGAGACGGAGACUUUUUGGGACAGAGAAUCGGUUUUAGCGAAAAAGAUUUAAUAAAACUUAACAAAUUAUACGAAUGUUCUGGCGGUAGCGGAAAUGAAAUAUCAGAAAUAAAACCAACAGUACCAACAAGCGAUUGUGAAGACAAUCAUGAAUUGUGUGGCUUCUGGAGUAAACGGAAUGAAUGUUCCAAAAAUCCAAACUGGAUGUUGGUCAACUGCAAAAAGUCUUGCAACCAAUGCUCUAAAAAAUGUGAAAACUAUAACAAGGAAUGCGAAAUGUGGGCUAGCAUUGGUGAAUGCACAAAUAAUCCAUCUUACAUGACUAUUUACUGUGCCAGAUCUUGCAACACUUGUGAUAUGGCUGGAAAUCAGACUCUUAUUACAUCUGGGUCUUGUGUGGAUAACAAUGAAUACUGUCCAUCUUGGGCUGCUGACAAUCAAUGUGCUGUCAAUCCUAAUUACAUGCUUUUCAACUGCCGACAAUCUUGCAGACAGUGUUAA